AUGGACACCUCAGGACCCAAGGCGAUUCUGACCCAGAAUGUCUAUCCUGCGCAUGAGAUCUCCCGAGCCACCUCGCCCGGUGGUGAGCCCGCGGGGAUGAACGGGGAGGGCGAGCCCAAAGCCCGUGUCCGUCCUCGCACCUAUCCUUACUUCAAAUACCUCCCAUAUCCGACAGAAGAUGAGUCUGACAGAGAACGAAAUCUACGAGAGAUAUUGAAUCAGCUCUACAUUGCCGUUGAAGCUGGGGAUUUUAGUCCCGGCGCAGUCCACUGGACUCGAGAGCUUAGGGGUUGGCUGUCCCUCAAGUUCGACCCCACUCGUACAGAACGAAUCAACCUGGUCAAGCUAUAUUAUGAGCUCUCGCUGGCCCCUGGGAUUGAUCCCAAUGUUGCGGAACGCUUCGCUAGCAUGUUCAUGCUACUUACAAAGCGGAAGCAUUAUUUACGACCGGUGAAAGAUCUCAUCCUAGAUUGGAGGCCCUUAUAUAAAGAAUUGAAAGCGUUUGUUUUGCCGACAGAGUCGGGUCUAGUGCAUUCGACCAACCUGAAGCGUAAUGUCAAGACGCUGACGAAGCUUUGUGCGUUCGUUCAGCUCUACAUUGACCCAUGUGAGCUGCCGGCUAUGCUGGAGGAAUUCCUCCCCCACUUUUCAACGUCUUUCUCAGAAGGUGCCUUUGUUGUUGUUGGGUUAAUCAAUCUACUUCUUCCAACCUCCCCGCCUCCCCAGUCCAGAGAAGAUCUUCUACCGCAGCAUUACCUGCCAACACAUUUCCACCUAUGGUCGCUCGUCAAUCGUUCCAAGACCUUUGAUAUGACAUUUCUGGACUAUCUUUCCCGGUUGGCACGAGAUUCGUUGCCUGCAGAGCAUAUACCAUUUUCCGAACAUGGUCUCUUCACCAAGGAGCAGUCAGCACUCAUCUUCACUGCCAUCCUGAGACUGCUGGAAAUUCCUGUGGGACAAUCGACUUCUCCCUACAGUGCUCUCGUAGAUAUCUCGUCGGGAUUGGGCAUCAUGCUCGAUCGAGAUGCUCGAAAGCAUCCCGUUGCGCAUCACAUUGCUCGAUGGGUGGUGAUGUCACUCUCGCCGGAAUGCGCCGACGCAGACGAAUCAAUUCUGACCCAGCUCGAGGGCCUUAUUCAGGCCGUGGAAACAUUUUUCCAUCCUUCCAAUUCAGGUGGUUGGACCAAGACAUUGUCUCAGCUUGUAUACUAUCUCUCUGACUUCUUCCUGAUGCGCUGGAACCGAGAGCAGACUGGUGAGAUGGAAGUACCGGUUGGCCGCAGAUUGACUGAGCCACUGAAACGCCGUUUUGUGCUCUGCUUGCGUGAUGUAGUCUUCAUGGGCAUUUAUGCCAAGAGCGGCACCGCCAUCAGCUUCUCAUUGUCUACUUUGCAGAAUCUUGCGUUUUUAGAACCGCACCUGAUUCUUCCGGGAGCUUUGCAAAGAAUAUAUCCUUCUUUACAAGGUCUUGUGGAGGUUCAUCGCACAGCAUCUUCUCUUCGGGCCCUUCAAGUCUUGUCUCGAAUCAUUUCGCGGACGAAAGGCUACCGCUGCCAUAUGACAACCUUGCUUGGACUCGCUCUACCAGGUAUCGAUGCCAACGAUUUGGAGAAGUCUCUUCAUGCUCUGUCUUUCAUUCAAUCAGCGUGCUACAACAUCCCCUUAUUUGACCUAACAAAAGGGAGAGAAGACAUUAAUUGUGACAUGCUGGCUAUGCAGUGGAUUAAUGGCGAAAUGGGACGAAUGGAGGCAGAAGGUGUAGAGGUACAGCUGAACUACGACACUGACUUAAGCGAUGAGAACGAAGAAAUGAUCUUGCGCUCAUCGACAUGCGGCUUUGGAGAUUUCAUCGUUUCGUUCUUGGGGCGUGUCUUCACUCUUCUUGAGAACCUUCCAGACGCGAGCAGAGUGCGGAAUGGGUCGCCAGAGGAGAACAUUGUGAACACCCUUCCUGCAACAUUCAUGCCUCUACUCUCGUCCCUUUCGCCUGAGUACUUCGAUAUCGCUUUGUCCAAGGUUGUCGAUUUCGUGUCGAAUCAUGUCAUUCACCAGGCGCGAGAUGCGAUGGCUUUUAUUUGUAAUUCCAUUUGCAAAGUGAAUCCCGAUCAGGCUCUGAAGCGUUUCAUUCCGGUGCUGACGCAAGCCAUCCGGACUGAAAUAGACGACAAUGGCGCAGGCUCAACUCGGACGACCGGAACUGAUGUUCUCCCGCGGGAUCGUGCCCUGGUCUGGAACAUCAGCAUGCUGAGCAUGUGCGUUGUGCACGUCGGAGACGCAGUCCUCGCUCACAGGAAAGAGCUGUUUGAUAUUGCUGUUUAUAUGCAGCAAAAAUGCAGGGGCAUACCCACUGUUCACAUAUCGAACUUUAUUCACCACCUCCUUCUCAACCUUACGGGAACAUAUACAAUCGACUACUCGCUGUACGAACCUGAGGUCCUCGCUGAGGGAAUAACCCCUAAGCUCUGGAGUUAUCAACCAGACCCAGAUAAUCUGACUGUGAAAUGGCAUGUUCCGAAACGUGAGGAGCUUGAAUUUGCUGUCGAACUCUUCCAAAACCAAGCAGAAACUGCUCUGAAAUCGUUGUCUGCACUCACCGAUGGAACAGCAAGUGUGAAAAGGGAUGGUAGCGGAAAAGAUUGGUCAGAUGAAGUUUCCAGGAAUCUUGUCUUGCUACGCCUUAUUCUCUCGGGAAUCUCUGUUCUUUUCGACAGCAAAGCAGCGUCGAAAACGAAAGAUGAAGGAGUAGACGGGAUAGCGAAUGAUGUCGAGAUGUCCGAUGCAAAAGACUUUCCAGUCGCCAAUGGUGUUGGAGACGAGGACCCUGACGCAUCACUCGACACUUCUGACGAGGCAACUGUCAGGCAAAGCUUCUCCUACCCUACUGGCUAUCCUCUGGAGGAGAAUGACCCGCUCUACAGUUGCAUUCACGAUCUUCGGGAGAGAGCUGGCUGGGUCCUACACGAUGUCCACAGAUUUUUAUCGGAUAAGCAAGAGGACGACGUACCUUGCUUCGCAGCUCUAUACUCGGCUUUCCGGUCUUGGUUCAUUGACGUUGGCAUGGAACGGUCUGCGCAUGUUCUGGACAGAGUCACGCGCCUUCUUGCGGCAGAUAUUCAUCCUUACAAGAUGAGCGGUAUCCGGAAAGACUACCCGCGUCCCCUACUGGUGCGGAGAGCCAAUGUAUACCACUUGCAGCGCCUGAGGCACAAUGCCGCCCCAAGACCACGGUCUCGUCUCGACGAAAUCCUGCUCCUGGAUCUCGCUGAGUCGUGCGUUUCGCUUUACACGGAGACUCGGCGCAACGCUCAGAGCGCUGGCGAAUCUGCUCUCAAGGCUAUCUGGGGGUCGCGACUUCUUGUCAUUCCUCCUCUGCUCACGGCCCUACAGAAAGGCAUCAAGCAGAAUGAUCAUGCGCGAAUCAAAGGUGCAUUGUUCUCUCUGCUGCUGAGUAGCGUCGCGAAGACUGUGGGGCGCCACUGGAAAUAUGCCCCAACUCUGAUCAGAACUUUCAUUGACGCAAGCGCGGUUGAUAAACCAUCUGUGCAGAAGAUCUGUUCUAGUGCAGUUUUUCAAAUCAUGGACUACGGCCGUGCAAUGGAAAGAAUGGCUGUGCUUGACAGAGAUAUUGUGGAAGCAAUCGCUCCGAAAGAGGAUGUCCAAGACCAAAUUACGCAAAAACGCAAGAGUAUCAACCACAAGCGUGCUAUCAUUGAGAAAAAGAAGGCUGAUAUGGCUGAGGAACUGGUCAACCUGGCAAGAGUCUCCCACUGGAAGGUCGCUAGCCGGGCAGCCACCAUUGUAAUCACAAUGGGUCUGAGAUUUGACUACAUCGCAAGCAGCAAUCUCAUAGAGCUCGUCACUCUAGGGUCCAUCGAUGACCAUCCGGGCUUGCGUGGCAUGUACUCUCAGGCUCUCAUUGCACUGUUUACUAUGAUAGAUGUCCGAGCGAUCUGCGGCCAUGACUAUAAGAAUUAUAUUUUGGGCAACCAGCACUUCCCAUCCAAAAUCAAGGUCGCCACCAAGCGCUACGAAGAAGGUUGGACAGAGCAGUAUCUGGCAAGCUUCGCCAAGCCAGAGGCCGAAUACUAUAUUGACCACGACUUUCCUGGAUGGCUCGUAUGGUCGGAUAGUAUGCCUGCAUAUAAGUCUAAUCUGGAGCGCGACAUUGAGUAUGACGAGGUGGAAUGGAACGUACGCAAACAGAUGGGUAAACUAUUUGAUCGAGGGUGGUUCUCCAAGUUCUUCAUGUACCUGAAGCAGGAGCCGCGGGACCCGUCAGCCGACAAAUUCCGCAUGCCCUGUGCCAUGAUGCUCCUCUACGCAUUCGAAUUGAUGCUUCGCGACGGGCUCACCGCUGCCACUUUUAAAGAUAUUCAAGAAGAGAUUGAAGCAGUCUUUGAAGACGGUAGUGACAAGCAUCAACACAGAGCUACAGCAGAAAUUCUUGGUGCACUUAUUAGCUCUGUCGCGGAUACGAGCGUGGAGAAGAGGACACUAGUUUGGGAAUAUGCUUUCCCAAUCGUGCAAAGGAUCUUCACCGAUGGAUUGACCCCAGAAAAUUCAGGCUACUGGACCACUUUCCUUCAUAUGAUCCUCCAAUGCCGGGAUCCACGACGAGCUUGGCCCUUGGUUGACUGGCUUGCGAGUUUCCGGCUGGAUAUGGCAACCAACGCAGCCUUCAAAGAGAGCUCCAAGAUCAACCUGCUGCAUCAAUGCAUUAUAGACGCUGGCUGGCACUUCCAGUUGGAGAAACCAAUUGUCCAAGAUUUCCUCGCACACCUUGAUCACCCGUACAAGGGAGUCCGUGAGGCGAUGGGUCAGACUCUUGCAACGAUUUACCGUACACGAUAUCACGAGUCAUACGCGGACCUUCAGCGUCUCCUCAAGGCACAGGAGUCCGCUUCACCUGUCGGCUCAUAUGCAUAUCUCCCUACUGAGGAGUUUUCUAAGAUGGUGCGCGAAGUCUUUGCCCGGAUCGAGAAGUGGCGCCAUGAGAGAUCCCCGGGUCAACAGACGCCAUCUUCCUACACUUCUGGCAGCAAGACUGUUCUCCUAUGGCUCGACUCCACUCUUUCAUCUCACGAAUGUACUCAGCUUGUGCCAUUCUUCCCUGAUGUGUUCACAGGGCAGCUUUUGCAUAUGAUGGAUGUCAAAGAAGACCCAGAACUUCAGUCAUUGGCCUACCAUGUAUUCCGUCAUUUGCCGAAUAUUCCGUACCCUGCCGAGCAGGACUCCGGCUUCAUCAAGUCCUUGAUACACAUUGGGCAGACGUCACCCUCGUGGCACCAGCGCUUGCGAGUGAUGAUCAACAUUCAGAUCAUCUACUUUCGCCGUCUGUUCCUACUUUCUCCCAUCGAUCGGGAUAAGUUAUUUGAUUGUAUCGCGAAUAUGCUUGAGGAUACACAGCAUGAGGUGAGGGCUGGUGCAUCAGCUACCCUUUCAGGCAUGAUUCGGUGCUCGCCUGUGUCUCUCCGGCAGCACAUGGUCAGCAAGCUACAAGAGCGCUUCACGAGGACAUUGGUUGAGAACCCAUUACCCAAGAAACCAAAGAACCACCCUCGUUCUGCAUUAGCUUCUCCAGUCUCCUCUCGAUCCGGCACACCGACUCCCGAACAUACUAGACUCAUCAUUGUCAGACACGGCGCAGUUCUGGGUCUUGGGGCUUUGAUACAAGCGUUCCCUUAUGAUAGUCCACCCCCAAGGUGGAUGCCUGAGGCUUUAACCACGCUGAGUAACCGCGCCGCGAGCGACCCUGGCAUUGUUGGGUCAAGCGUCAAGUCAAUUAUCAGUGAAUUCAAGAAGACGAGACAAGAUACCUGGCAUAUAGACGCAAAGGCUUUUACGUCAGAUCAGCUAGAAGACCUAUCAGGGGUACUGUGGAAGAGUUAUUUCGCGUAG